AUGUCUGAAUACACGUAUAUCAUAAUUGAUGAGUCGCCCCCCAUGAAAGAAGACUUCCGGGACUCUGUUGAUUAUGUGCUUGAUCUUAUCAUCAGCAAACUUGUGCGAGGAAAAAAGAAAGACUUCAUAUCCGUGAUUACAGUUCAUGACAAAAAUACAAGCAACCCGAUGAAUGACAGAAGCCCGGAUCAAUGGCAGAAUUGUGUAUUAGAGAAUCCAACACUCUACAGCUGGGACAAGUUGGAGCAUCUAAUGAAGGAAAGACUUCAAAUAAAUCACGAGGAUGUAGAAAGAAGCGAGGCAGAUGUUCCUCGAGCAAUUGCAAUUGCACUUCAACACAUUGCCGAUCUUGAGGGAAAAAAGAAGCGUAAAUCUGUGAAGUACUCCAUUCUUAUUGUGAGUAAUUGGCUAUCCGAGAACUCGUGGGAUGGUUUAAUCGAGCCUAUAUGUUCUCUUUCUUUGACUUACGAUGUACUAAUUGGUGCGAUAUAUUUUCCACAUGUCAAAUCGGAGGAGGAUCGAGAAUUUUAUGCCUUAUAUGAGGAUAACAUGAGAAGCCUUGAAAAACUAAUACCCACACUUAGGAUGAGAAAUGGGGGAAAUGGAAGGAUAUCCGGGUCAUUUAUGGCAUCUUUUGAAACGGCAAAGUCAUUCAUUCGUGAUGUCAAUAAGGAACCACCAAAACUUGUAUCACCAACACCUGUAUUUAGGGGAGAAAUAAGGCUAUUUUGCGAUAUUAAUGCAAUUGAUAUGCGAGACACGAUUAGCAGUCUCACAUCCUCAGUUGACUCUUUGAAAAGUUUACUUUCCGGGUAUGACAAGGCUGCCGAUUCAGCUUCUCUCUAUUUUAUGGCAGAUGGCUAUCCUUUAACCAAGAAGGAGGCUUACUUUCAGACAAAGGAGAUUGCAGUGAUCCCCAGCGAUGAGAAUUUCAAUGAUGACGAUUCAAUGGUGCAUUAUAAAAUAUCCCGCAUCAAAUACGUGAGGAAUCACUACGUGUAUGAGGAGGAAAACAAUGAAAAUAGUACGGAGGAUGCGUCAAAGGAAAAACUUGUGACCCAAAUUCAGAUAAAAAACGGAUACAAGUACGGGAUGUCGAUAAUACCUGCUACAAGUACCAUUCAAAGACAAUUCAAGACUCUCACUCAUACGGGAAUUGAUAUAAUAUCGAUUGCAGAGCGCGGUAGCAUUCCACCAUGGUAUUAUAAAGGAGAGAGUGUGAUGCUUUUCCCCGGUAAGAGUGCUAGCACUAAAGAUGUGACUGCUUUCUGUAUGUUUUCGCAGGCUCUCAUGGUUACAGAUUCGAUAGCUAUUGCAAGAGUGGUGCAAAAACCGGGUAGACCUGUAAGUCUUGCCGCACUAAUCCCAUCGUUUGUUUUGACUGAGCAGACCAAGUCCCAAAUCAAGACUGAAGAGGCAGUAAGCGGUGUUAAAAGACAGCAUAUGCAAAUAGAUGAUGAUAUGCAACCCGAGCAUUAUUAUGGGUUGACGAUGGUAAACCUUUUCUUUGAAGACGAAAGGCGGUUUGCCCCGUUUGGCAAGCUGGGCAGAGUGUACAAGCAGGAAAAAGAUCCCCAAGCAAAGUCUAGCAGUGCUAAGGAAACAGAUAUGCAAAGAGACAUUCCAACCCAAGAGAUGGUUGAUGUCAUGGAGCAGUUUGUAGAGAAGCUGGAUCUUGAUAGAUUGAAUGACGAUAAGCCACAAGACUUCAAGGAUGAAAGCAGGUUUGUUGAGUUUAAUGAUUUUGAUACUUUGCCCAUCCCCUGGAACAGGGGAAUCGAUAAACAAUCAACUUACAAAAGCAUAAGCAAAGUAACAAGAAGAAUCCUCUCGCAGAAUUCGCCAAAGGUUCAUUUCAUGCAGAAGGUAGUGAGAGUCAUUUAUAGGUACUUUCUUGAGGAUGCAAAUGGUAGGAGCAGCUUGUACGAUUUAACAGAGAACAGCAAAAAGGAGCCUAUUUCUGGCGAUGCAAGGACUGCUUUUGACGUAUUGCGAGAGUCCCUUGAAAAAUCAACCAAGAUCAAUGGUCGGAAUAUGUUCAUUCCAGAUUUGUAUGACCAGGCUAAUCUCUACGGGGUGGAAAAGAUAGAAAGCAAGGAGAAAUCGGCACAGGAGGAAAUCAAUGUGGGUAAAAUACGUCCGGGAGUUGCGAAAGAGCUUGCCUCUAUCGAGCAGUUGUUGGGAAUUGGAGGUGAGAAGUAG